AUGAACCCUAUCUUAGAAGAUAAGUUCAACACCUAUGUGACGCUGAAAGUGCAGAACGUCAAAAGCACAACAGUCACCGUCCGUGGAGAUCAACCAUGCUGGGAGCAGGACUUCAUGUUCGAGAUCAACCGCUUGGAUCUGGGCCUUGUCGUGGAGAUGUGGAACAAAGGUUUGAUCUGGGACACCAUGGUGGGCACGGCCUGGAUUCCUCUCAACACCAUCCGUCAGUCAGACGAGGAGGGUCCGGGCGAGUGGAUACCCCUGGACUCGGAGGUACUGAUGAAGGCAGAUGAGAUCUAUGGGACGAAAAGCCCAACACCCCACCAGGUGCUGCUGGACACGCGGUUUGAGCUUCCUUUCGACAUCCCUGAAGACGAGGCCAGGUACUGGACCAGCAAGCUGGAGCGCAUAAAUGCCAUGAGAAUUCAUGACGAGUACCCGUUUCGAGAUGGUCCAAGGCGCACACUGCCCUCUAUUCCUUCCCAGUGUUCACUGGAAGAUCAUGACAGUGCAGUGGAUGACCGAGACAGUGACUACCGCAGUGAAACCAGCAGCCUGCCCCCCAGGUACCACACCACGGCCCAGUCUAACUCCUCGCUGCAUCAGUAUCCCAUUGGGCACAGGUUGCCACAACAGCCCCUCUCCAGGGAGUCCAGCACCCAGGAGAAUUAUGGCACCGACUCAAUGCAGAGUUACGACUUUGACUACCAAGAACCCAGGGGGACCAGCCCGGUGGAUAGUAGCCAUUUCGGCUCCUCUGGGAACCUCAGCCAGACAAGCUCUCAGCUCUGUUCUGAACCAGAGGAGCAAGACAACCAAGACUCUCCUCAGUCCUUCCACAGCUCCCCCAGUCGCCCCACAAUCAAAAGGCAAGCUACUUUGGAUGAAGAAGAGAAGAAGGAGCUACAGUCACCACUGGACCUGGAUAGGACCUCAGUGAUCGACAGCAUCUCUGACAUACAGAGUCCAAAGAUGCAAGAAAAGAGGCCAGAGAAAUCUUGCAGCAGCUUCCAUAACACUGGGCCUCCCCCCAUCUCUGCAUCCAGACUGCACUGGUUGAAGGCCAUCAAUAAAGUUCGAGUUCAGCUGCAGGAGAACCGGGAAGGUGAUGGCGAUCCCAACAAACACCCCUGGGUUAAGACUGGUGGAGGUGAUAACUUUGGCAUCGACAGCAUGCCUGAUCUCCGCAAGAAAAGGCCUAUCCCUAUUGUCACUGAAUUGUCCCUGGUCCGGUCCAGGAAGGCUGGUAUUACCUCCGCCCUGGCAGCAAGGAACUCUCUUAAGGACGAGGAUCUAAAGAAGCAUGUCUACAAGAAGACUCUGCAGGCACUGAUCUACCCUAUCUCCUGCACCACGCCGCACAACUUCGAGGUGUGGACGGCCACCACGCCUACCUACUGCUACGAAUGCGAGGGGCUGCUGUGGGGCAUCGCUCGCCAGGGCUUGAGGUGCUCUGAAUGCGGGGUCAAGUGCCAUGAGAAAUGUCAGGACCUUCUGAAUGCAGACUGCCUGCAAAGGGCAGCAGAGAAGAGUUCCAAGAUGGGAGCUGAGGAUCGCACCCAGAACAUUAUUGCAGCCAUGAAGGACCGUAUGAAGAUCCGUGAGAGGAAUAAGCCAGAGAUUUUUGAAGCGAUUCGUGAUGUUUUCGGAGUCUCCAAACUGGCUCAUGCCCAGCAGAUGAAGGCUGUGAAGCAAAGUGUGCUUGAUGGCACCUCAAAAUGGUCAGCUAAGAUCACCAUCACAGUGAUGUCUGCCCAGGGUUUGCAAGCCAAAGACAGGACCGGCUCCAGUGACCCUUAUGUCACUGUCCAAGUGGGCAAGACCAAGAAGAGAACCAAAACCAUCUAUGGCAACCUCAACCCAGUGUGGGAAGAGAAGUUCAACUUUGAAUGUCACAACUCCUCUGACCGCAUCAAGGUGCGUGUCUGGGAUGAAGAUGAUGACAUCAAGUCCCGGGUGAAACAGCGCCUCAAGCGGGAGUCUGAUGACUUCCUGGGUCAGAGCAUCAUCGAGGUCCGCACACUGAGUGGUGAGAUGGACGUCUGGUACAAUCUGGAAAAAAGAACCGAUAAGUCAGCGGUGUCUGGAGCCAUCCGGCUACAGAUAAAUGUAGAAAUAAAAGGAGAGGAGAAAGUGGCUUCCUACCACAUUCAGUACACUUGUCUUCAUGAGAACAUAUUCCACCACAGCACUGUUGUAGAGGGCCAGGGCGUGGUGAAGAUCCCACAAGCACAGGGCGAUGAUGCCUGGAAGGUGUACUUUGAUGAGGUGCCACAAGAGAUUGCUGACGAGUUUGCCAUUCGCUACGGCAUAGAGUCAAUAUACCAAGCAAUGACACAUUUUGCUUGCCUCUCCUCCAAAUACAUGUUACCCGGUGUGCCUGCGGUGAUGAGCACGCUGCUUGCCAACAUCAACGCCUUCUACGCACAUCCCACUUCUUCCACCAAUGUGUCAGCCUGCGACCGCUUUGCUGCUUCAAACUUUGGGAGAGAUCGGUUUGUUAAGCUUCUGGAUCAACUGCACAAUUCUCUUCGUAUUGACUUGUCAAUGUACCGUAACAACUUCCCUGCCAGCAAUAAAGACCGUCUGAAAGACUUAAAGUCCACUGUUGAUCUACUUACCAGUAUAGCUUUCUUCAGGAUGAAGGUCCUUGAACUUCAGAGCCCUCCGCGGGCUGGGCAGGUGGUAAAAGACUGUGUGAAGGCUUGUUUGAACUCCACCUAUGAAUACAUCUUUAACAACUGUCAGGAGCUGUACAGCCGCCAAUACCAACCCCAGGGAGACUCUAACAAACAGGAGGAGCCAACAGAAGAGCAUGGCCCCAGUAUCAAGAACCUGGAUUUCUGGCCGAAGCUCAUCACUUUGAUUGUAUCCAUCAUUGAAGAAGACAAAACCUCAUAUACUCCUGUUCUCAACCAGUUCCCCCAAGAACUAAAUGUUGGAAAGGUCAGUGCAGAAGUCAUGUGGACACUGUUUGCCCAGGACAUGAAGUAUGCAUUGGAAGAACAUGAGAAGCACAGGCUGUGUAAGAGUGCGGACUACAUGAACCUGCACUUCAAGGUGAAGUGGCUGUACAACGAGUAUGUGAAAGACUUGCAACCCUUCGAAGAAGUUGUCCCGGAGUACCCAUCCUGGUUCUUGCAGUUUGUCCUGCAGUGGCUUGCUGAGAAUGAGGACGUCUCAAUGGACUUUAUGCAAGGAGCCCUCGAGCGGGACAAGAGGGAGGGAUUCCAGCAGACCUCGGAGCAUGCUUUGUUCUCCUGUUCUGUGGUUGAUGUCUUCACCCAGCUAAACCAGAGCUUUGAGAUCAUCAGAAAGCUGGACUGUCCUGACCCCAAGGUCAUGUCCCACUACAACCGACGCUUUGCAAGGACCAUUACGAAGGUGCUGAUGCAGUAUUGCGCAAUCCUCGCGAAGAGCUUCCCCUCCUACUGUGAAAAGGAGAAGAUUCCCUGCAUACUUAUGAACAACGUCCAACAGCUCCGUGUUCUGCUAGAAAAGAUGUUUGAAUGCAUGGGUGCCAAACAGCUGGACCCAGAGGCUGCUGACAUACUGAAUGAUCUGCAGGUGAAGCUGAACAAUGUCCUUGAUGAGUUGAGCACCAUCUUUGGAAACAGCUUCCAAAGCCGAAUCAAUGGUUGUGUGAAGCAGAUGGCAGAGCUGCUGUACCAGGUGAAGGGUCCUGCCAAUGCACGCAACGCAGUGGAAGCCGACUCAGAUAACAUCCUGCGGCCUCUCAUGGAGUUCCUGGAUGGGAACCUCAUGCUGUUUGCCUCAGUGUGUGAGAAAACAGUGCUGAAGAGAGUGUUGAAGGAACUGUGGAGGAUUGUCAUGAAUAGCUUGGAGAAAGUCAUUGUCCUGCCACAGAGCAACGACAGCUUUGGUGCCCAGAUCCUGACUGCUGCCAAAGAACUAGGACAGCUGUCCAAACUGAAGGGUUCAGGGGAGGCCAGAAUGUUGACCCCCAAGCAGUGUGCUGUCAUGGACGUGGCGCUGGAGACGAUUAAGCAAUAUUUUCACGCGGGUGGAAACGGCCUGAAGAAGACCUUCCUGGAGAAGAGCACGGAGCUGUCUGCGCUGCGUUACGCGCUGUCGCUGUACACGCAGUCCACCGAUGUGCUGAUCCGUACCUUUGUCACCACACAGCACGCCCAGGUACAUAAUGGAAUGGGCAUAAGGAUCACCCCUAACGAAAAAGUACGACCAGACCGCGGCUCAGGAGUGGAUAAGCCUGUUGGGGAGCUGUCAAUGCAGGUGGACAUCUCCAUUAGUCCCAAAGAACAAAAGGUCACAGUGAAAGUUCUGGCAGUGAAUGACUUGAAGUGGCAGACCUCUGGCAUGUUCCGGCCAUUCGUAGAAGUCACCAUCCUAGGUCCACACCUCAGUGAAAGGAAGCGCAAAUUCACCACUAAAUCCAAGAAUAACAGCUGGUCACCAAAGUACAACGAGUCCUUCGUCUUCUCUCUGGGAAAUGAAGAGCGUCCGGACUGUUACGAACUGCAGGUGUGCGUGAAGGACUACUGUUUCGGCCGUGCGGACCGGGUCGUUGGCAUGGCCGUUCUGCAGCUGCGGGAUGUGGUGGACCGGCGCAGCUGCGUCUGCUGGUGUCCACUGGGCCCGAGGAUCAACACGGAUGAAACCGGUCUGACCGUGCUCCGCAUCCUCUCCCAGCGCUCCGCCGAUGAGGUCGCCAAAGAGUUUGUCAGGCUCAAGGCAGAGAUGCGCUCGGCUGAGGAGGGUAGAUGA